AUGCUAGAUAUUAGCUUAAACUCUUUGACAGGACCACUCCCUGUUCCACCACUCUUGAUCAUCCUCUUUUCUGCAUGGAACAAUAGUUUCACAGGAGACAUACCUCUUUCAAUUUGCAACCGAAGCUCUCUCGACGUUCUUGAUCUAUCCUACAACAAUUUCAUCGGCUUUAUUCCUCAAUGCCUGAGUAAGUUAUCAACAGUCAAUCUCCGGAAGAACAACUUGCAGGGAACUCUUCCCGACACAUUUUAUAGCAAUUCUCUGCUACAAACACUUGAUGUUGGGUACAAUCAAAUAAACGGAAAGCUUCCAAGGUCUCUGGUGAACUGUUCUUUUCUAAAGUUUCUGAAUGUGGAGCACAACGAAAUAUCAGACGUGUUUCCUUUCUGGCUCAAGGUCUUGCCGGAUUUGGAAGUCGUUACCCUCCGUUCGAACAUGUUUUAUGGUCCUGUAUCUCUUCCUCAAGGACCUUUAGGGUUUCCCAAGCUGCGGAUACUUGAUAUAUCAGAUAACAGCUUUAACGGAAGUUUGUCACCAGAGUACUUUGUAAAUUGGAGUGCAUCAUCAAACAAGAUAUAUGGAGAUGGGCAGAUGUAUAUGGGAGACUAUAUGAAUGCUCUCUAUCAGUAUGUUAAUACUUUAGACUUGCGAUACAAAGGUCUAUCUAUGGAGCAUAAAAAGGUACUGACUUUCUAUGUUGCCAUAGAUUUUUCUGGAAACAGACUUGGUGGACAGAUCCCAGAUUCUAUCGGUCUCUUGACGGCACUCAUUGCCCUCAACUUAUCCCACAACUCUUUCACUGGCCAAAUCCCGGUGUCUUUUGCCAAUGUUACCGAACUCGAGUCACUAGAUCUGUCUCGAAACAAACUCUCGGGUAAAAUCCCUCAAGAACUCAAGACCCUCUCUUUUUUAGCGUACAUAAAUGUCUCUCAUAACCAAUUCACGGGAGAAAUACCAAAAGGGACACAGAUUAGUGGGCAACCUAUAUCCUCCUUUGAAGGGAAUGCAGGGCUUUGUGGUCUUCCUCUCCAGAACAUAUGCUUUGCCCCUAGUGCUCCCCCAACACAACAAGAAAAACAUGAAGAUGAGACAGAGGAAGAAGAACUGUACUUGAGCUGGAAAGCAGUAGGAAUAGGGUAUGGACCUGGACUAUUGUUUGGAUUGGCAAUAGGACAUGCCAUUGCCCGGACUGGCUCGUCAAGAUAA